AUGUUUAUUGGGCUGGAUGUAGAUGUUCAAAAGGUCUAUGUAUCGCGUGCGGAGUUUAAACGCUCACAAAAAUACGACAACGUUUCCUUUUUGAAUGUACUCUGGUAUUUGAACGAUGUACUCUCGUUUAUUUGGCUCGUGAAGAUGACGUCGAAACACCAUCUAUAUAAUGGCCUUCACGCGGAAUGUAGACAGAAAAGGGAGAAAGACCACCCAAUAACUAUGGCAGGACCCAGGCCAGUGGUGCUGAGUGGCCCGUCGGGGGCUGGGAAGAGCACGCUGCUCAAGAAGCUGCUCAAGGAGUACGAGGGCAUCUUUGGCUUCAGCGUCUCACACACAACAAGGAGCCCUCGUCCUGGUGAAGAGAAUGGUAAAGAUUACCAUUAUGUUACAAGGGAGUAUAUGCAGGCCAGCAUCGACAAAGGGGAGUUCAUUGAGAGCGCAGUGUUUUCCGGGAACAUGUACGGGACGAGCAGGGCCUCCGUGCAGGACGUCAAGGACAAGAACCUGAUCUGCGUCCUGGACAUCGACAUGCAGGGCGUUAGGGCGGUCAAGACGACAGACCUCAACCCCAUCUACAUCUUCAUCCAACCCCCGUCCAUGAGCAUCCUGGAGAAACGUUUAAGAGACCGAGAGACAGAGUCAGAGGAGAGCCUCCAGAAACGUUUGCAAGCUGCCCAGGUGGACAUGGUGAUAAGCAAAGAUCCUGGCAUAUUUGACGUUGUCAUUGUCAAUGACAGUCUUGACGAUGCCUAUGGGAAGUUGAAAGACACUCUUAUUGAGGAAAUCAAAAAAGUCCAGAAAACCAACUUGUCCUCUUAAGCGACGAGAAGCAUGACAUCCAUCCCAGCCAUCCUGGCCACUCCUUACAAAAUGUCAGCCCCUCUAUUCCAAUCCUGAACUUUCUGUCAGAUACUGGUGUGGGAAGGAACUCCAGACAACAUCCCUUGCACCUAGACUUUUGAGUGUGCACUAAGAUCUAGCCUAUGUUUUUACAUAUUGGGAGGAUAUAGGUAGGUAUUAAGAUGAUAAAAACUGUAAGUAGAAGUGGACUAUUUAGCUUUAUUUACUCAUUUGGCACAGUUUUAUAUAAAAACACUCCAUUAAUGGUUAACCUGUGACUGAGAUGGUCCCUAAUAUGUUUUUCUUCUAUGUUUACUGCAUACAGGAGUUUCUGCCAUUUUUUUUCUUCUCUUCUGCCCAUUUAGUAGUAUUAUACCCCCAAAGCAUUAACUAUGUUCUCUCUGCUCUUCAAUAACAGAAGGCCAUAAUAACAAGACUCAUUCCCACUAAUGGCAGUGUUGUAGUACUCGAGACCACAUUGAGUGUCUCGGUCUUGUCUCAGUGUUGGAUACAUUUGUACUCAGUCUUAACUCAGUCUGGGACCAGCCGAGAUCAGCAGAGUAAAAAAAAUCCUAAUUACCAGCUUCCAUUCAGUCAGAGCAUAAAACUGCUUCUCCAGGCCAAAUAUAUAGAGUCCUUUCUUGAAACAUAAAUACCUUAACAGCUUUUAUAUCUAGUAUAGACAUGUUUUCUCAGUGGUGAACCUAUAGGCCUUCAGUGUGUGACAGGUUAGUACAGUGGUGAACCUAUAGGCCUUCAGUGUGUGACAGGUUAGUACAGUGGUGAACCUAUAGGCCUUCAGUGUGUGACAGGUUAGUACAGUGGUGAACCUAUAGGCCUUCAGUGUGUGACAGGUUAGUACAGUGGUGAACCUAUAGGCCUUCAGUGUGUGACAGGUUAGUACAGUGGUGAACCUAUAGGCCUUCAGUGUGUGACAGGUUAGUACAGUGGUGAACCUAUAGGCCUUCAGUGUGUGACAGGUUAGUACAGUGGUGAACCUAUAGGUCUUCAGUAUGUAACAGGUUAGUACAGUGGUGAACCUAUAGGCCUUCAGUGUGUGACAGGUUAGUACAGUGGUGAACCUAUAGGCCUUCAGUGUGUGACAGGUUAGUACAGUGGUGAACCUAUAGGCCUUCAGUGUGUGACAGGUUAGUACAGUGGGGAACCUAUAGGCUUUCGGUGUGUGACAUGUUUGUGAUUCUGAAAGGACAGCAACCAUAAUACCAGCACACUCAUGUAUGAGAGUGCACUUUUUGUAAAACACAAUAUGUAGCAAGCUAAAAAACCUGAGCCUAACGUUAGCUAGAUAGCUACACUAACUAGCUGUUGACUGACUGACUUUUCCCCCUCAUCGUUUUUCGGUGGCUAUACACAGCUAGAGAUGCAGGUAUCAUUUGGUUAGCUAGCAAGAACUUGAACAACCGUGUUUGAAAAUUCAUUCUGGCAAAUGGCUUGUUUGUUUAAAGGCCUACUGUGGCUCUGAUUGGCUAUAGCGCACCGGUCUGUGUAGACUCCGAUCCUGGACAGAUGUUUUUAUUCUGUUUAAUUUAUGGUUUUAUUUACUGCAGUGUCUUAAUUGUCUAAACACACGGCUGCUUUCCCACUCUAUAUUGCUAUGGAAUUUUCACAAAUGCCUUAGUAUAUGUAAUUCCCAAACAUUCUAAGAAUUUAUGAAAAAGUGAAAAUGACCAUAUAGUGGUUGCUUGUCAGAUUUUUUUGGGGGGGUGUAUAUGAACACAUUUUUAAUAAGAUUUCAUGUUCCUAAAAUGCUAUCAGUUCCACACUCGCAUUUUUCUGGUCUUGACUCUGUCUCAGACCCCUUGUCCCCCUCCCGGUCUUGACUCAGUCCUCAACAUAGGGCAGCUAACAAACAAUCACAAGGUCAGGUGCUUGGGCACUAGCUAAGCACAGGCUAACUCUGGCUCUAAGAUAGUCACACGGAAGCACCAUACGUAUUACAGCUGAUCUCAGGAACUUACUGUAGCCUAGCUGCUGUUUGCUAAUGAUCCUAGUCAUCUUGUGUGUGAAAAGAUAUGUUUGAAGUUUCCCUGUUUUACCAUACUGAUACAAUUAUGAUAAAGUACAAUAUUCAUUCACUCAUAAAACAAAGGAUUGUCAUUUAGGAUUUACAAUCAUGAUGUUAACCUCUAUAACAAAGUUACACUUCUGGAGCCCACAACUCACGGUGAUGUAGUCUAACCCCUAAUACAUGUUUUUGUUGUUUUGAAAGUUGUAUUGUAAUGGUGUAAAACUUUUGUAUUGUAUGUUUGUAAAAUAAUAAUCUCACCUAUAUUAUAAUGAUAUUUAGUUGGCCUUUUUUUGGAAAGGAAAUGUUUGAGUGAGAAUUAAAGAGAAUGAAUAUGAAAUAAAUGGAGCAAAUAUUGGCUCUGUCCUCAGGAGAAUAUAGAAAAGCUUAGAACCAAGCACACAGAGCAUUUGCUUUACUUGAAACUGGUUACAUUGAAUUCCACAAAACCUCUUUGUUCAAGGCAGCCUUCUAAAAAGGCUGCACUUAUUUAUUUUAAGUUUGUCGUUUAACAUGUUUUCCAUUCAGAACCCAAAUUCAGUUCAUUGGUAACUAAUAUGACAUACUCUGGCCCAUGACUCUUAAACUCCAUAGCUUCUUGUCCUCUGUAUUUGAUCUCCCUUUGAACAAAACAUUCCUUCCUUUGCACAAAUUACUUAAAUAAAUAUAUUUCAAUAACUUUUUCACUCUGAACAGCUUUUUAAUGGUGCAAAUGUUAUACCACUGCUUUGAAUGUGUCAUCUUUGGCCAAAUAUUGACAAUUUACCCAGCCUUCAACGAGUCCUUAUUUAAUAUGUAUUUCUAGUAACAUUUGAUGUAUUUUACAAGUGUAGUCAAGUAAAUUAAUAAAAAUGUUUUGCCUGGA